AUGGACCGCGCGCUGGAGCACCCGGACGAGUCCAUCUGGGAACACGCGGAGACUGGCACUCGAAUGCUCCUAAAUGCCACGAUGACGGAUGCUGCAGAGAAGGCCUUUCUCCGCCAGUUCAAGAAGAGCCACCCGCAACCUGGUUCUGGUGGCUGUGGUGCGAUGGAAGUGCCUUGUGAAGAGUCCUGCUCUUGGUGCGGAACUUGCUGCUCUUUGGGAGCUUGCCUUGCACCGAACUACAUCUGGGAUCCAGCGGGUGGCGCAAGUGAGUACGACCCCUCCGAGUGGAAGGUUUGGAAGGACGACCAGUGCCGCAAUAACCUCACCUGCGCUUUUACAUGCUCCGACAGCCCGGUCCACAACCCACGAAAGUUUGCAGCGGCAGCAACCGAGAAGAUCCUGGGGCUCUUCACCGGCGGUGCGCUGGACAUGCGCAUGGCCUACGAUUCGGACAUUGCCAAGGAGCUCGUGCAGUCCAUCCCUGAGAUGAAUAUGACCUUCCGCAGCCUUCAGGAGAAGUACAGGACACUUGCAACGCAGGCGCACUUGGAGGCCAUCACCCUGUCCCCUCUCCAGCACCAAUUUGUGGAAGCAGGUGUUGAGCUUCUGACAGCAGCAAACAAGUACCUGGAGAACAUCCUGUCAGUUGAGCUGAAGAACGUGCCCGACGGAAUCAAGAUGAUGGUGGAGUUCGACAACCUGAAGCCUUUCCAGUUUAUCUUCAGCCUCCUGGACGGAAGUGGCAUCCUGGGUAUGCUGACAGCAGGCCCGCCCCCUGAGUCUCCUGUCGCGACGGCCGCAGAGGAGGAGACCACGGCCCAAACUGGGAGCAGCAUUGGCGCUGACGACUCCGGUGCCAGCAUCACUACGCCUUUGCCGCAGAAGGAGGCGACCACACCCACAACGAGCGGAACUCCCGCACACGACUCCGACGACAGCACUGCGGAAACGGGUGAAACGUAUGUGGUGGAAUAUGAGAAGCACCCCGAGCUGAAUGGCGAGUACGUCGAAGAUGGCACCAUGGAAGGCAAGCCCAAGUUCAAGCAACGAGGCGGCCGCGGCGUCAUCUUCUACUCAGGUAUGUGGGGCUGGGGGCACAGAUGGUUCAUCACCGAUAAGGACCCACCCAGCAGCUGGUUGUCUCGGCAACCGAAGUCGGAAAACGCUCCUUUGCCUCCUGAAGGGCUGUGGAGGGACGCAAUUGGAGGUCGACAGCCGCUCAUCCGCCGCAAGGAGGCGACCACGCCCACCACGAGCAGCACUCCCGCACUCGCCGAGAGCUCCAGCACCACAGCACACGACUCCGACGACAGCACCACGGGAACGGGUGCCACGUAUGUGGUGGAAUAUGAGAAGCAUCCCAAGCUGAAUGGCGAGUACGUCGAAGAUGGCACCAUGGAAGGCAAGCCCAAGUUCAAGCAACGAGGCGGCCGCGGCGUCAUCUUCUACUCAGGUAAGUGGGGCUGGGGGCACAGAUGGUUCAUCACCGAUGAGGUGGGCCCGAUCACGGUUGGGGUGAGUGUGUGCAAGUUUGUUGUCAAGCGCCUUUGGUGUAGAAUGCUUGGAUGUUCUCGGCAUAACCUCGUUGGCAUCAACAGGGCCCUUCCAUCCACGAUAAAUCUCAAUGCCCUGUGUAGUCUUGUGCAGCUGCCUAGCUCGAUCAAGUGA